AUGGCUGGUACUUUCUUAUUUACAUCUGAAUCUGUUGGUGAAGGACACCCGGACAAGAUCUGUGACCAGGUGUCUGAUGCUAUUUUGGACGCCUGUUUGGCUGAGGACCCAUUGUCCAAGGUUGCGUGCGAAACGGCCGCCAAGACUGGUAUGAUCAUGGUGUUCGGUGAAAUCACCACGAGAGCCAAGCUGGACUAUCAGAAGAUCGUCAGAGACACGAUCAAGCAAAUUGGAUACGAUUCGUCCGACAAGGGGUUCGACUACAAGACCUGUAACGUGCUGGUUGCCAUUGAGCAGCAGUCGCCGGACAUUGCGCAGGGGUUGCAUUAUGAGAAGGCCAUUGAGGACCUGGGUGCCGGUGACCAAGGUAUCAUGUUCGGGUAUGCCACCGACGAGACGCCCGAAAACCUGCCAUUGACCAUUCUUCUAGCGCACAAGCUGAACAUGGCUAUGGCGGAUGCUAGAAGAGACGGUUCUUUGGACUGGAUCAGACCGGACACCAAGACCCAAGUCACCGUGGAAUACGCGGAUGAUCACGGAAGAUGGGUUCCAAAGAGAGUCGACACUGUCGUCGUGUCUCUGCAACAUGCGGAGGAAAUUUCUACCGAGGAAUUGAGAUCAAAGGUGAAGACCGAAAUCGUGCAAAAGGUUAUCCCAUCGGAUUUGCUAGACGAAAACACCAAAUACCACAUUCAACCAUCCGGUAGAUUCGUUAUUGGUGGCCCACAGGGUGAUGCUGGUCUUACCGGUAGAAAGAUCAUCGUCGAUGCCUAUGGGGGUGCUUCUGCUGUUGGUGGUGGUGCCUUCUCAGGUAAGGACUACUCUAAGGUCGAUCGUUCUGCUGCUUAUGCCGCAAGAUGGGUUGCCAAGUCUUUGGUCAAUGCAGGUCUCUGUAAGAGAGUUCAAGUUCAGUUCUCGUAUGCUAUUGGUAUCGCUGAACCAUUAUCUCUACACGUUGAUACCUACGGUACUGCAACUAAAUCUGACGACGAAAUCAUUGCUAUUAUCAAGAAGAACUUUGACUUAAGACCAGGUGUUUUAGUCAAGGAAUUGGAUCUGGCUAGACCAAUCUAUUUGCCAACUGCUUCUUAUGGUCAUUUCACCAACCAAGAAUACCCAUGGGAGAAGCCAAAGACCUUGAACUUUUAA